AUGAAUAUGAAAACGCGGAUACAACAACAUCAAAUGCCAUCGACAGGGACGAGAAGAACGACCACGGCACGAUAUGCAGUUUCUUCAAGAAGAGCAACACAAAUAAGAUCAAUUAAUAUGACUCCAUUUGCCUCCAUCUCGAUGCUGAGUAGUCGUACUCUGCACGCGUGCUCAGGAAGAGAACGAGAACGAGAAAAAAAAAUCAAUGCGAGAAGAAGUAACCAAAACAAGAUAUCGUCACUGAUUUGUAAAGCAGAGUCGUCCUCUCCAGAAACAAAUGAAGCACCGCCCGUGAACGUGAAGUCAAAAGAUGACUCGACCGUGAUGAUGAGCACUCCAAACAAGGAAUCUGAAAGCGGAGUAAUCCCACGACCUCCUUUAAAAGUUGCUGCUGCUUUGGCGCUGGUAGGAUCCUUAGAGUCAACGUAUCUCGCCGUGCAAAAGCUGUCCGGAGGUGACGUGGUCUGCCCCGUUGGUGGCUGUCAAACGGCUUUGAACUCGUCGUACGCUGAACUUUUUGGCCAACCCCUUUCAUUAUACGGCGCCGUGGCUUAUUUUGUCGUAGCACUCCUCGCGUUCUCGGGAUCGAGCAUCAAUCCGGAGGAAUCUAGAGAGUCGGAAAGUAAAUACAAGAAAUCUCGGGUACUGUUCUUUCUCAGUACGUGUGGAUUGGCUGGAGUUUCUUCGUACCUUCUGUAUGUCCUGGCGGUAAAGCUUGGAGGCGUCGAAUGCAUAUACUGUUUAACUUCGGCUUCGAUAUCCUAUGCCUUGUUUUCCAUUGGCUUCUCUGGAUUAACUCCGAAAGAAACAGUGAACGCCUCACCACCUGCAGUAUCACUUUUCUUCGUCACUAUGCUCUCUUUGAGUUUAGUCUUGGGAUUUGGAGCGGAUAAAGCAGACGAAGGAGGGGAGUCUCAAUUUUUAUCCUAUAAAACUCCGCGAAUCGAGGCAGUGUCCACGCAGUACUCGCGAGAGCUUGCAAAGUAUUUAAAAGAGUCCGGAGCAAAAAUGUAUGGCGCGUUUUGGUGCAGCCACUGCUUGGACCAAAAAGAAGAGUUUGGAAAAGAUACGGAGCUUCCUUAUGUAGAAUGCUUCCCAGAGGGUUGGCAAAAAGGAACCGAGAUAGCGAAAGUCUGCGCGGACGCGAAAGUGAAAGGGUUUCCAACCUGGGUAAUUAACGGCAAGACUGUAGAGGGCGACAAAACUUUGGAAGAGCUCGCGAAGGAAAGCGGGUUCAAAACGCAAACGCCUUUUGAAAGUCCAAGUUCGGAAAGUUCGAGCUCUAUUCCAGAUUUUCUCCAAUAA